UGAUUAUAUAACCAAACCAAAAACCUCAAAUGUUGACAAAUGGUGGGGCCCAAUUACCGAGUGUUUGAAGAUGAUGUAACAAAUUCUUCAUUCAUCCCCUUCCUUCCAUUUUCUUCUUCUUCUUCUUCUCAAAAAGCCCAAAAUCAACAAUAAUCACUUCUUCAUUGAGAAAGGGUUUACAUGGUGUUUUCCCUUCUUCAAUAAUCACUUAAUUAAUCAAUAAAUGGAUUCUAAUUCUCAACCAUCAGCAAGUAAUCCUCCACCAAAACCUUGGGAACGGGCGGGUUCUUCAUCUGGUCCUGCGCCAUUUAGACCCCCAUCAGGUGGAAGUACAAGUGAUGUUGUUGAAGCUUCAGGGACUGCAAAACCUGGGGAAAUUGUUACUGCUACCGAUCGAAAUACAGCUGUUAAUAGGACUGCUCUUGCCAGGCCUGUUCCCGCUAGGCCAUGGGAGCAGAAUUAUGGAACUACUAACAGCUAUGGAGGCGGUGCAUUAGGCGGAUAUGGUUCUACAAUGAAUUACAAUUCUGGAUAUGGAUCUGGAUUGUAUGGUUCUUCUUAUGGUGGUGGGCUAGGAGGAGCCGGAGGAAUGUAUGGCGGCGGAAUGUAUGGUAACAGUAUGUACAGAGGAGGAUAUGGCGGUGCCGGUGGCCUUUAUGGGUCAUCAGGGAUGUAUGGAGGAGGUGGAAUGUAUGGCGGUGGCCUUGGAGGUCCAAUGGGUGGUUAUGGCAUGGGAGUUGGUCCUUAUGGUGGUGAUCAAGAUCCCAAUAAUCCAUAUGGCGCCCCUCCAUCCCCGCCAGGAUUUUGGAUUUCUAUGCUGCGUGUGAUGCAAGGCGUGGUUAAUUUUUUUGGUCGGAUAUCAAUACUUAUAGACCAGAACACCCAGGCUUUCCAUUUGUUCAUGACCGCAAUGCUCCAGCUAUUUGAUCGCUCCGGCAUGUUGUAUGGAGAACUAGCUAGAUUUGUGCUGCGAUUGCUCGGGAUCAAAACUAAGAAGGUUAAUCCGCCAGGUCCAAAUGGACAUCCACUUCACGGACCACACAAUCCUUCUGGAAAUAUGAACUACAUUGAGGGACCAAAGACUGCUCCAAGUGGUAAUUGGGACAAUGUCUGGGGAAAUGAAAGCCAGUGAAUGAUUUGGCGAAUUUAGUUAGUGUGUUCAAGUACAUUAAAGAAAAGAGAGAAACACCGGCAUUUCCAAUGAAGAUACUGAAGCUGCAUAAUUCAUGUAUAUCCUAGAUUUAAUUGCAGUUCUCUAUUCUUGUUUGCCUAUAGAUUAUUGGUUUUACUGGAAGUGGGAUCUUCAGAUGAUAAGAUAUUAUCCCUACCUUUAUACCAUGUAAUCGUUUGCUUUGAAUAUGCAGGAUGCUGCUAUUUCUAAGUACAUGUAUUAUUUUGUGUCUAGAAUGAAUCUUAACUUGCAUAACUGCAUAAGUUUUGUGAGACACCUUAAAUUGCAAAUUGGUGAUUUUGGCCA